ACAUUUUAAACGAAAGCAAUUUAUUUAUGCAAUUGUGUAGUAGAUUUAAUAAUUAAUUGUUUCUUAAUCAUUAUCAAAUAUAAUUUUUCAAUAAAGAUUUUAAUAGUAUAAAAUAUUUGUUCACAAUAAUGUUAGUACUGUGUGCGAUUUGCAAUGAAUUACUUGAAAGUUCAGUGGAAAUAUUUAUUACUAAUUGCGGACAUGUAUUUCACUACAAAUGUCUUUCCCAGUGGCUUCCGAGAUCUCCAACUUGUCCUGAGUGCCGUCGUAGAACUACACCAUCUACCAUACAGAAAAUUUACUUUAACAUUUGUGCAAACAGAUCUCUUCUCGAAGAACCUGCUGUGUUACAAGAACAACUAUCAGAUGCAAAUUAA